UCACAUUUUCGGUAUACUCUAUUUAAAAUACAUGUUAUUCUUGUUUAUAUUUGAACAAUGUGUUAAAAACAGAAUCCAUUCAUAGGAGAUUUUGCUUGUGCAGAUCUGAGUGGGAAUCAGUAGUUUCUUUGUUUGUCACUAUGGAAACAAGUCAGCCUAUCCCAAAUGUCGGUUAGAUCACGCAGAGUGAUGCUCACGUCUCAGUGUAACUUCAUGGAGCAGGCUGGCGCUGACAUCUCCUCGCCUCCAGCUCUUCCCUCCUGGAAGCCCACUACCAUGCAGGAUCCACCCCGGAGGCUCUCUGCUGUGCCGUUCCUCAGCUCCUUUUUCCAGGGCCGACGACACUCUGCCUCCGACCCCAUAGUGCGGCUGCAACAGGGGCGGCACAGUUCUGCUGGCAAGAUGCUGUCCUCGUCCUCUCUCCAGGUGAUGGUGGCGGUGUCCUCUGUCAGCUGUGCUGAGAGAAACCCAACUUACCCUGGAAAAAGAAAUUCAGGACGUCCAACACCAAAGUAUACAAAAGUUGGAGAGCGUUUACGGCAUGUCAUUCCUGGACAUAUGGCCUGUUCCAUGGCAUGUGGUGGCAAAGCUUGCAAGUAUGAAAAUGCAGCCCGCUGGAGUGAGCAGGAGCAAGCUAUUAAGGGGGUUUACUCAUCCUGGGUCACUGAUAAUAUCCUAGCCAUGGCACGCCCAUCCACUGAGCUCCUUGAGAAGUAUUGCAUCAUUGAGCAGUUCCAAAGCCAUGGUAUAAAAAGUAUCAUCAACCUGCAGCGUCCUGGUGAGCAUGCCAGCUGUGGGAAUCCUCUGGAACAAAAAAGUGGCUUCACAUACCUUCCUGAAGCUUUCAUGGAGGCUGGCAUUUAUUUCUACAAUUUCGGAUGGAAGGAUUAUGGUGUAGCAUCCCUUACCGCCAUCUUAGAUAUGGUAAAAGUGAUGACAUUUGCUUUACAAGAAGGAAAAGUAGCUGUCCAUUGUCAUGCAGGUCUUGGUCGAACAGGUGUCUUAAUAGCAUGUUACUUAGUUUUUGCAACAAGAAUGACUGCUGACCAAGCAAUUAUAUUUGUUCGAGCAAAGCGACCUAAUUCCAUACAAACUCGAGGACAGCUACUAUGUGUAAGGGAGUUUACUCAGUUUCUGAUACCUCUUCGUAAUGUAUUCUCUUGCUGUGACCCCAAGGCACAUGCUGUCACCUUAGGACAGUAUCUGAUUCGCCAGCGGCAUCUGCUUCAUGGAUAUGAGGCACGACUUCUAAAACACAUACCAAAAAUUAUCCACCUCAUUUGCAAAUUGUUGCUGGACUUAGCUGAGGACAGGCCAGUGAUAACAGAAGAUGUGGUGGAAGUACCUGGCCUCUCUGCUGAAAUUGAAAAGACUGUCUCUGAGAUGGUCACAAGGCAGCUGGAUAAAGAGUUACUGAGACAUGGCAGUGACGCAUCGGACUCUUUCACGCCCAAUGCAGUGGUGGCAGAAUUCUCAAAUCAGGGUGUGGUUCUUUCUGGUGAGCAAGAGUUUGACCCUCUCUGGAAGAGACGGAAUGUCGAGUGCCUUCAGCCCCUGACUCGUCUGAAAAGACGGCUCAGCUACAGUGACUCGGAUUUGAAAAGGGCCGAGUCACUUCUAGAGCAAGGGAGGCCUCCGUGGACAGGGCCUCCCCAGGUCUUGCCUUGCUGUAACUCCAGGCAGCAGAAACCCAUAACCCAUUGUUACUCCCCACAGUCUCCACAGCUAGACUUAGAUAAGGAAACACUGCUCCGCAAUGCAUUUUCUCUCUGGAAUCAGGCUAAAUUUGGAGGCCUGGAAGGACUCAAAGAUGACAGGUCAUCAAUUUUUCAUAGGACAGAUAUUCCAAAGGAGGUACAGCGAAGUAGAACUUUUUCUUCAGGUGUUUCAGGUUCAUAUAACCCUGGGGAACCAGUUACACCCAGCUUUGCAAAUAUCCCUAAGGAACCAAACUCUUCUCACCAGCAGGUGUCCCACUGUGGGUGUGAAACUCACAGUGGUUGUGGCUCAAGCUCUAUUGUGAAGGACGGUGAGACUUGCCACCACCCUGUGGACUGUGGCUCCAGUCCCAAAGCACAGGACAGCAAAGAUCUGUCUGAAGUCACUCCAUACACGUCUUUACAGUCUGAGUUGAGUGUUGAAGCAAGGAGAAUGCUGGCAGCCAAAGCCCUGGCAAAUUUGAAUGGGUUUGCAGAAAAGGAGGAAGUGAAAAAGAAGGUAGAAAUGUGGCAGAAAGAACUAAAUUCCCGAGAUGGAGCUUGGGAAAGAAUAUGUGGCGAAAGAGAUCCUUUCAUCCUGUGCAGUUUGAUGUGGUCUUGGAUGGAGCAGCUGAAGGAGCCUGUGAUAACCAAGGAGGACGUGGACAUGCUGGUUGACAGAUGUGCGGAUGCUGCAGAAGCACUGUUUUUAUUAGAGAAGGGCCAGCAGCAGACUGUUCUUUGUGUGUUGCAUUGCAUAGUAGGCCUACAGACAAUCCCCGCAGAUGUGGAGGAGGCUGUUCUUGCCCGUGCCAUUAAAGCUUUCACAAAGGUUAAUUUUGAUUCUGAAAAUGGACCAAUAGUUUACAGCACCCUGAAGAAAAUAUUUAAGAACAUGUUGGAAGAGAAAAGAAAAAUGACAAAAGAUGGCCCUAAACCUGAUAUUUAGUGCAGCUGACUUUCCCGUUAUGAAUAGUUCAGACCUGAAGAUCUCGAUGGCAUUUCUGCUCAUUAGUGAAUAAGAUGAAGUGUAAAACUGCUUCAUCUCAUAGCACUUUAUUUCAGAUGCUCUUGGAUUGUGCUAAGAAUGCUUGUUCCUGUUUGGAGCAAUUAUUUCUUUUAAAAUAUCCUUGAUUUACAUUUUUGUGUUGAAAAACGUCCACAAGCUUGGUACUGCUUCUUUCGUUAUUUAACUGAAUUAAUAUUACAAUAAUAUUAAUAUUAAUAUUUUAAGUAUGUGGUGUUUACAUCCUUAUUCAUCUUGACAUUUGGGGGAAAAAAAUGUAACUCUCCUUUCCAAAACAGUUAUUUUGUUGACAGAACUUGUCCUAGAGUUUUAACCAAAUAGAUAACGUUAGUAGUAAAACUUCACUGUGUAUCAAUCCCCUGAUACAUGACCUAAGGAAGUCACCAAGUGUCUUAAACUGUUUUAUAUUUGUUGAUAAAAAGGCUAUUGAUACAGCAUUUUUAAAGGAUUUUUUAAAUUCAUUAGAAUUUUCUUUUUUUUUUUAUAAAUGUGGUAAAAAGUCUCAAAGUGUAUUAUUUUUCAGAGUGAUUUAGUUUUACGUUAAAAGGUUGACAGUUUAGUGUUUGGGAUUUUUUUCUUAUUGUGGGAAAUAGACUUGUUCUUUGUCAGGCUUCCAGAUGACCUCACUGACCUCUGCUGUCACAGGAGGAAGGAGCAGUUCUCAACACAUCAGGCCUUAUCCCCACUCCCCUGGGCUCUUACUGAGCCAAAUCGCAUCUCUACAGAGAAAGUGGGAUCAGUGGCAGGCAGUGUGGGAAGCUAUAGGACUCUGGCAGAAAGAACUGUCAGACAGGGGCAGGCACCGCAGCCACUCACCAGAGGCAGUUCUGCUCCUACUGAUGUUGUAAUAGUGUAAGCGCCAGCCCACACCUUCUGAAUCUGCCGUUACAUAGACGCAGUUGCCUCAGGGCUCUGUCUUUGGCUGCUUUUCUAUUAUGAGAUUAAGCCUUUUAAAUUGAAUUUGACGCACAUAGGUUACAUUCACCCUACUGGCUUUGGAUGAGGAAGUGAUUGCCUAAACUAUAUAGUUCCUUGUAAACCAAAUUAUCAAUCAGCAGCUGAAGUUAUGAAUAUUAUUUAGAGGAAUGUGUGGGGCACAAGAGGGCGAGACACAGAAGGGAUAAUAACCUUUCCCAGUAAAACUUACAUUAAACCAAUUUCAAACUGAAGCAACUGCUUAAUCUGAAAGCAGAAUUAAUUUACAACAAAUGAAAUUUCUCCAGCUUGUGUAUUUCUGAAUCAGGUUCUAGCACAUUAAAAAAUAUUGUACCAGUUCGCAUCGUGGCUCAGUGGAAACAAGUCUGACUCGCAUCCCUGAGGAUG